AUAGUGAUUUCGUCUCAGUGAAACAUUGUUAAUUUUUUUUAAUUUGUAAAAGCAUUUUCUUUUAUGCAUUGAUAUGUUCAAAUUAUUUUCUUUAUUUCUGUUUUUAACCAUGCUGGAAGUGUAUUUGACACAAAAACCUGAUAAACCUAAAACUGAAUGCUGUAAAAAGAAGGGCUUUAGUAUGGUGCCCGCACUUGAGCAACCUGCCCCCGCAUUUGAAGGGACUGCUGUUGUCAACGGCCAGUUCAAGCCUAUCAAGCUGUCUGACUAUUCAGGCAAAUAUGUGGUGCUAUUCUUUUACCCUCUGGAUUUUACCUUCGUGUGCCCAACUGAAAUCAUCGCGUUCUCUGAUGCAUAUGAGGAGUUCCAAAAGAUCAACUGCGAGGUGGUUGCCGCGUCCACUGACAGCCACUUCAGCCAUCUGGCGUGGGUGAACACUCCCCGUAAACAGGGUGGUCUGGGGGAGAUGAAAAUCCCUCUACUGGCUGACAAGUCUGCCAAGAUUGCCAGGGCAUAUGGCGUAUACAACGAGGACACCGGCAUCCCGUAUCGAGGUCUGUUCAUCAUCGAUCAGAAACAAAAUCUUCGCCAAAUCACAAUCAACGACUUGCCUGUAGGCCGUUCUGUCGAGGAGACCCUGCGGUUGGUGCAGGCGUUCCAAUACACAGACAAGCAUGGCGAAGUUUGCCCAGCUGGUUGGAAACCUGGUAGCAAGUCUAUGAAGCCUGAUCCUGUUGGGGCAAAGGAAUACUUCAAGUCCGUUGAAUAAAAUGAUUGUUUUUAUUAAAUAAAAUAUUAUUUUCAUUCGUUCUACCACAUUUAGUUUUACCAUAAGUAACAAUAGUUUUGUUUGUUAAAUUGAGUUAUUUGUAAUACUUAAAAUAUUGUGAUAUUAAAAUGUAAAAAAAACUAUCGAAACCCGUGAAUUAAAUGGAUGUUGUGGUUCUUUUCAAGUGGUAUAUUUAAAUCAGUUAUGUUGCUUUACUUUUGUUCCUUAGAACUCAACAUCUCACUAUUGUCCAAUAAAAUUUGUAGUUUGUAAGAAUGUUUUUUCCAUUUGUGUUAAUAAAAGAGCUUUUCUUAUAAA